GUUCAUAAAGACACGUGUUUCACUCCCUUUAGUUGUGUGAUACAUUUAAUGCUUUUCGCUUCUUGCUGCAAGGGGGAGGAGGAUUGAAAUUUAGGAGCUGGAUACGUUUUUCCUUCUUGUUGGGGUUUGGUCUCGCUCUUUCCCGCUUUUGAUUUUAGACAUUUGUCGUUUACCCACCCCAUCGUCGUGUUUGUGUUUUUGGCGGUGGUUGUAAAAGUUAACAUCGCGAAGGGAGUUCACCAGUCGGCAUCCAUUUGCUUCCGAUCUUACUCCGCCUGCAAGAGAAAGAGAGAGGAGCAAACAAACAAAAAACUGCAAAUCGAUAGACAAACGUUGAGCGUUUGGGUGAACAGUCGAGUACAUUAACCGAACCCGUAAAGCUUGCCCACCAUGACUGGCCGCCCGGAGGAAGGUCUCUUUACCAACAUGACGGCGAGAAAGUUUGGCUUUUACGUCUUUUGGGUCAUUCUCCACGUUGGCACUUGGAUCUUUGGCUUCUACAAGCAAAAGCUCGAUGAUGAACUUGCCCUCCUCAAUUCUAUCGGCGGCUCUGUCUGGACGUCUCGAGGUGCAGGAUUAGUCUUGGCUCUCGAUUGCGCCCUUCUCGUUCUUCCAAUGUGCCGCAACCUCAUUAGUAUGAUCCGUGGCACCCGAAUCAACCGUAUCAUCCCUUUCGACCAAAACAUCUUUUUCCACAAGUGCACCGCGUAUGCGAUGCUCUUCUUCACCCUCGUUCACGUCAAUGCCCACUAUAUGAACUUUUUCAAAGUGGAACUCAUGCUAUUCAAGGCACUUCCCUUUAGGCCGUGGCAGCUGCAUUACACGAUUUACGGAGGUGUGACCGGUCACAUCAUGUUGGUCAUCAUGUUCAUCAUGUACUCGGCCGCAAAGAUCCAAGUUCGGCAGAAAAAGUUUGAGCUGUUCUGGUACUCUCACCAUCUUUUCGUCCCGUUCUACAUUUGUCUCUUCCUCCACUACGCCGGAUGUUUUGUCAAGAGUGCAAGUACGAAACAAUGCAAACCCUACGGCUCCAACGUCUUCACGAUCCCGGCCUUUAGUUUGUACAUUCUCGAACGUAUCAUCAGAGAGUACCGCGCUCGUAAGGAAACAAACUUGACAAAGGUUGUUUUCCAUGCCGGCGAUACGAUGGAAUUGCGCUUCGAAAAACCCUCGUUCAAGUACAAACCCGGACAAUACUUGUUCCUCAACAUUCCCAGCGUAUCUUAUCUCCAGUGGCACCCUUUCACCAUCUCGUCGUGCCCCGAGGAAGGAUUUGUUUCUGUUCACAUUCGUAUCGUCGGUGACUGGACAAGGAAGGCAGCCAAAAUGUUGGGAUGUUACAAUACCUCUGCGGACAGUCCCUCAAAGCCUGGUGUGAAACUCCCAACCAUUCGUGUCGACGGACCUUUCGGUGCCCCCGCUGAAGAUUUCUACAACUACGAAGUGGCAGUCCUCGUUUCUGCUGGUAUUGGUGUCACACCUGCUGCAUCUCUGUUGAAGAGCGUCUGGUACAAAUACUACCGCAAGGCCCCCAUGAGGCUCCGCAAAGUAUACUUUUUCUGGACAUCUCGCGAGAAGGAAUCCUUUUCUUGGUUCCAGUCUCUCUUGUCCACUCUCGAACAAUCUGUUCCUACCUCGUUUUUGGAGAUUCACGUCUACCUGACGGGCAAGCUUUCGGUCGACGAUAUCCAGAAUGUUGUCCUCAACGAUCCAGACUCCAACUACGAUCCCCUCACUGAACUGCGGAACAAGACCCACUUUGGACGACCCGAAUGGCCGAGGAUCUUUGGUGGUGUUCGAGCCGGCAUCGAACGCGAAGUGACUGCCAGCGGAGGCACUACACAGGUUGGUGUGUUCUACUGUGGACCGACAGGUCUUGCUCAUGUCUUGAAGAAGGCAUGUGGUAGCCAGAGCGGAGGCGGUGUUGAAUUUGAAUUUAGAAAAGAACAUUUCUAGACGGCCCACAUGUAGAUGAAUGUUCCUUGUAUUUUCUCUCGCUUUGUGUCUUUGUAUAUAGGAGGGAUUGGGGACAACUGGGCCUUGUCCAGAGAUACUUUGCGUGUUUUGGGACUUGUGGAUAGUUGUCUGUAUUGGGGUGGACCACGCACUGUUUUUGCUCUCUUGCACGAUGUAUAUCUAGUAUUUGUAAAAAGCGUUUGCUUCAAACCACUGAUUUCUCGGUAUAUCUGUGAUGUAACCCAAUACACAGACUUGGAAUGUAA